AUGAAAAUGAAGAGGAAUGAUGAUGAUCUGCAAUCAUUGAUGUCAUGCAUGAUGCAUGUUCACUACUACUACUUCUGCUUUUUCUUCUUCUUGUGGUACACUUUUGGUGACACUAUUAAUACCUUUGCAUUUACUACCCUUGACGACUAUUCAUUGAUAUGUAGACCAGGUUAUCGAGUAUCUAAGUUACAGCGAUCUCCAAAAUAUAAUGGAAAAUUGGGCUCAUUAGUAGUACAAUGUGAACUUAUUGAACGAAAUACACAAUUGGUUAAGUGCGGUUCAUUACAAAGUGCACCGCAAUGUUCCGGUAUACUGGAAGGUUGCCCAGGGCAGACGUGGCUUGCAGGCUUCAAUCUUUACCUUAUUGAAAAUCCAGCAAAAGUUAUGCUAUGGGAUCCAAUAUGUUGUACAUCAAAAAACAUAAUUAUUGAUGAGAAUGCUUGUAUAAACGAUCGUAUUAAUCAACCAAAUGAAAAUUUUGAACACGAAAUAGCCAACGACCUAAUCUACAGAGGAUUGCAGUGUUGGCAUCAGUACAAUGAUAACAAUACAUUGUUUGAUAUAAUCUGGAAAAUGGAAAUUUGUCCCUUCAGUUCACCAAUGGGAACAUUACACAAAACGCAAGAUUGUCCGGAAUGCGAAUGUGAUUGUGGUAAAUCACAAUGCCCAGACAGCAGCUAUCCCUCCAAACUGAUUCACAAACAUCCUGAAAGUCAUUCAUGCCAAUGUCGAUGUGAUUGCAUCACUGUCUGUUAA